AUGUCCGAAACAUAAGAUAACUAAAUCUAUGGCUGAGAACAACGAAACAUAUUAUCUUCACAAUGAUUGUGUUUCUGAAAUCAAGAAAAUAUUUUCAGAUGUCCCCUUGUCAGAGCUGGAUGACGAUGCACUAGUCAAUAAUUUGUUGGAACGAUCUGUUUCCGUCUUACAAGUGAUCGACCAUGCCAUGUCCUAUUUUGUUGCUGUAAAUUUUAUCGGCGGAUCGGUUGACGAGUCUUAUGAGCUUGGUGGAUGUUGCCAGUUGGCAUUGGAAGAUCUGUGCUGUGAAGGCGAAUAUCCUUUCAAACUUACUAAGUCACUUACUUUGCUUUGGUUGUGUAAGCGGUUGUGCAGGACAAUGUGCAUGGUUUCUCAAACUCUUUCAUUCUUGUAUCAUUUGAAUUAUUUAAAAUGCAUUUAUUUACAUCAAUACCUGAUUGGUGAUGAAAGGUCACCCAAACUAAAAAGUGAAUUCCAAGAUAUUAUCAACGUGUGUGAGGAAUGCCUUGAUUCAACCCACACUACUGAGGACGUAAUUCAAUACUUGAUGUUAUCAUCAUAUCUGAGUGCUUUUUAUUAUGAAUAUGAGGCUUCGAAAACAUUCGCUUCAAGAUGUGCUCAGUAUUUAAAUAUUGACGUAAAAUUUUGUGGUGUCCUGGGUAAAUGUACCAGAUUCCAGGAAAAGGAGGUAGCAAAUCUCACAGUUAAAGUUAACAGAGUAGUUGAAAGUAAAGACAACAAAACUUCAGGUAACUCCCCAUUGCCGCAGAUAAUUCCUCUUAGUGACGAUGUACUUCUCAACAGUGUGGUAUUUAGUACAAUGGAGGAACAAAGUAUUCUCUCUAAUACUGAACAGUCUUUCAUUUUAUUAUUGUGUGAACUUCAUCGUCGUCACUAUCCACGAGAUGAUUUAACAGAACAGCAGUGUUUAGCUUACAUCAAUACAGUUAUCCGGGCUGUUUACCCGGAUUCUGAAAAUGAAAUCAAAAGUAGUUCUUCUUGGCCUAUUGCGACAGAAACGUUGUUUAGAAGAAGUUUACUGGAACAUAAUUCUGUUAGAAAAACUGAGCGUGCAUUAUCUCAGUUAGAGGAGUUAAGCUGUCAGUUUAAAAGAACUAGCCCAUCGUUUUCUGAGAGAUCUCCCAGUAGCUUCUUUCUUUCCAGAAUGCCGUCUAUUUGGACUCUCCAAGUUGAGCAAGGUCGACUACUUAUGAAAAUAGGAUGUUACAAAAGUGCUCUGGACAUUUUUCUGUUAUGGGACAAGUGGUCUGAAAUAAUCGAAUGCUAUAUCCACCUAAAUAAGAGAGAAAAAGCAGAAGAAGUGAUUCGUUCUCGUCUAAAUUCUGGAGAUGAAUCUGCUGAAUUAUAUUGUUCUCUUGGCGAUGUGACAAAUGAUCGCCAACAUUAUUUAAAGGCUUGGGAAGUAUCCUAUUGUAAGUCGGCUCGAGCAAUGCGCAGCCUAGCUGUUACAUAUAUGUACACAGAUAAAGACUAUCAAAAGGCAAUUGAAUGUUUUCAAAAAUCACUAGAAAUUAACACUAUGCAAGUUAAUGUAUGGUUUACGUUUGGAUGUUGUUGUCUUCAAGCCAAGGAUUUUGUAAAAGCUGAAAAUGCUUUUCGUUCUUGUGUUCGUUUAGAUCCAGAUAAUUUUGAAGCCUGGAAUAAUUGUGCGACUGCUGUUCUGAUUCAAGGAAAAAAGAAUAUAGCAUUAAAACUAAUGAAAGAAGCUUGCAAAUAUAGUUACGAAAACUGGCGCAUUUGGGAAAAUAUUCUGUUGGUGAGUUUAUUGAUUUUCGGUUCUAAUUAUAUUUAUUGUUGUUUUAUACUACUUUUCAACCUUCUUUACUGAUAAAUCUUAGUAUUUAAUAAUUGCUUUCAUCAAAUAGAUUCAACUAUUUGAGUUUUCAGUAUGGGGUUGUAGAAAUUGUUGAAUUUCAUUUAAAUCAUGAACCAAUCUAACUUGGAUCACCAAUGAUAAUCCGGACGCACUGGACGGCCGUUUCGUCACAAUAUGGGUUUUCUCAGCACUGCGCGUUCGUGACCCAUAACAUGAAGACUGAACCCAGAAUCUUCCUUCUCACGCGCGAAAUUCUGAUCUUUAGACCGCCGACUUAGCAUCCAGCGGUGUUAAUGUCUAACUUCAAUCAAUACACGGCCAUCUUCCAUUGUCUUUGGUGGUUAACUGCCUCACGCCCGACAUGAUUUAGCUCGAUUGUUCACGGCUUCUCACUGGGACUCCCUCUCGAAGCUAAUUACUAGUGCGCACAUGAUAAUUUUCAUUGUGGGAUUUUGUACAUAGUUGAGUCUCAUUGAAAUCAUAAACCGACCCAAGUUGGUUGGUUGCCAGUUCAGUGGUCUGGCGGUUAGGCCUUCGUGCGUCAGCUCGGCUAUCUUGAAUUUGAUUUCCGAGUGUGGGAUCACGGAUGCGCACUUCUGAGUAGUGAUAUAUUAGGACGAAACGGCCUUUCCAUGCUUCUAGGUUCUCAAUGGUUGUCCAGCUUAGAUCAUCUAAUGAUUUCAAUGAUGUUCGUGUUGUAAUCGAUCAGUUAGUUUGGUUUAUUUAAGAAACGUGUACUUAUAUAUUACGAAAUGCAGUAUCAACCUGUUUAUAUUGAUUGAUUCCAAAAGACUGAAUUACUGAUUCCACAAACUAUUUAAUUGUAUAUGGAAAACAAAAUAAAGAAAGCUUAUCGCAUUAAUUUCGUGUUAAAUAUUUGACUUUUAAUUGUACAUAUAUGUGUCCAUUGGGACAGUUAGUCUACUCCUAAUACUUUUUUCAGUUGCAUAUGGUUGAGGGUAGUAUAUAUUGUUUGUUUUUUGGUGCUGGUUGUGCAAGAAUGUUAAAUUGGCCACUACUUCAGACUUGAAUACAACAUUGUUUCAUCUAUUUUCUCUUGCUUAUUUGUUGAAUAUAUAAUCGUGUCGUUACCGAUUUUGUUAUAUAAUGAUUGUAUAUUUCUUGUUCCGAUUAAAUUCAUUCAAGAUUAGUGCUGAUGUAAAAGCAUUUCAUGAAACUAUGCAUGCCUAUCAUCGCCUAUUAGAUUUACAGGGAAAGUAUGCGAAUCCACAAGUUCUCAGUGUUAUGGUUAAAGGUGUUGUUUUAAAUGAAAUGGAUUCUACAGGAAACCCUGUAAGUAAUUUACGUGCCAGGCUGCUUGAAUUGUUUGGUCGAGUUACAGCAUCUGUAAGUUUUACACUUAGUUAUGUUAGCUCAAUGUAUAAUUUGAGCGUAUGAUAAUAUAAUACAUGUCCUAGUUACUGUAAAUCUUGCGAUAAUUAAUUAAUCAUUUGAUAAUACAUUAAGAGAUUUAAGAUUUUCUGAAAGUUGUGUCAUUUUCUACAGUUUUCUCACAGCGAAAAUACCGGGAACUGUCCCUAAUAGAAUGAAAUGAGAUGGUUACAUAAAAGCAGUGUUAUGAAAUAUUAUUUUCACCAUAAAUGUUAUAACUAGAAACUUUCUGUCGUGUUAGUUUUAUAAAACCUAGUAGUACUACCUAGUUGUCCAAACUCUUAGUGUGUGAAGAAUCUUUCGAAUCUUCAACCUGGUGGCCAAAAGUCAAAUGCUUUGACUGUCGGAAAAUUCGACUAAAAUUGCCUGGAGUUAGUGUUAUUCAAUUAACGAUGUUCGAAAUUUCAAAUGACGCAAUAAAACUUAUUUAUAGUCACCAUUACAAAAAAUUAUGGUAAAUACUUAUACAAUUUUCAUCAUAGUCAUGCAAAUUCUGUUGUCAUUUCUUUAUUCGAAAAUUGUUUUAUUAACCACUAGACUCCUAACGAUGCUGUUAUAUGGAAUGAAUAUGCACAUCUUCUGGUUGAUGAACUUCCUCAAAUGACUUAUACUACAUAUCAACGUGCUGUCCACUGUCUUCAAGCAGCUCAUCGUUGUCGUAUACAACCGAGUGAAGGACCAUGGGAACAAUCAACAAAGAAAUGUGAAGCUAUUAUUGAUGGUUUAAAAGCUUUACUUGAUUUAUUAAAUAAUCCUCCGAAAUCGAAAAAUGAUAACGAAUCUAACGAAGAAGAUCAACUUAAUACCUUCAUUCAAUCAACCUUGGCCACUCUUCGAAUAAGCCUAAAAUCUGUAAUUUCUAAAUUGAAGAUUGCUGAAGAAUCUAUUCUUUCCACCGAUGUUCAAGAUAUGAUUCGUUCCUCACUUAAAGAUUUAAAUGAAUUGUUAAUUGAUGUUGAAAAGAAAUUAAACUAAACUCUUACAUUGUAUAUGCUUUUUUAUGGACUAUCGUAAUAUGAAUAAAAGUUUGAAUUAAGC